AUGCGGAUGGAAUUGGAGGUUCGGUCUUUAAUCUUAGGCACCAGCUUGGUCGAAUGGCCUCUGUUUAUGGCUUCAUAUGCUUUAAGCCAAGCACUUCCUGGAACAAUUUGGAAAGAUACCAGCGGGAAGGUGGCCACAGGAGCAGCGCCUGCGGCAGCCAAGAAGAAGGUCCCGGUGCCCAGGGCCAAGCGGGAUAAAAGGGCAGCCUCCACCGCCAACAAGAAGGCCCCAGUGACCAACGUCAAGCGUGCCAAAGGGCUGGGAUCGACCUCGAAGAAGAUGGAGUACACUGAUGAAGAUGACACAUCCUCUGAUGAAGACGACACAUCCUCUGAUGGUUACUUCUCAUUUUCUGAUGAAGAGGACAAUGUGCACUUUAGCCUGGACAUUGCAAAAAAUGAUGUGCUUGAUUUCGUCAAUGACUAUGAAGAAGAUCGAGAAAUAUGUUCACAAGAGGUUCAACCAGACGUACAACAAAAUCAUGGGAGACCUGGGUGUUAG